UCCAGAAACAGACACUGCUACAUGUACUUCAUAAAUUAACACCCUCAUAAAGGUAAACCAAGAAGGUUAUCCUCAAUCAUCUGGUAUCAAUAUAUAAUUAUUUUUCACAUUUCUAUUACUUUUUAAUGAGAUUUGAGGUUGUUCUGUGAUUGUUAUCAGAAUUACCAAUGCACAAAAGCCAGAAUGUAUUUGGGAACUAGAAGAGCUAUUUUUGUUUUUUGGAUUUUUCUCCAAGUUCAAGGAACCAAAGAUAUCUCCAUUAACAUAUACCAUUCUGAAACUAAAGACAUAGACAAUCCCCCAAGAAAUGAAACAACUGAAAGUACUGAAAAAAUGUACAAAAUGUCAACUAUGAGACGAAUAUUCGAUUUGGCAAAGCAUCGAACAAAAAGAUCCGCAUUUUUCCCAACGGGGGUUAAAGUCUGUCCACAGGAAUCCAUGAAACAGAUUUUAGCCAGUCUUCAAGCUUAUUAUAGAUUGAGAGUGUGUCAGGAAGCAGUAUGGGAAGCAUAUCGGAUCUUUCUGGAUCGCAUCCCUGACACAGGGGAAUAUCAGGACUGGGUCAGCAUCUGCCAGCAGGAGACCUUCUGCCUCUUUGACAUUGGAAAAAACUUCAGCAAUUCCCAGGAGCACCUGGAUCUUCUCCAGCAGAGAAUAAAACAGAGAAGUUUCCCUGACAGAAAAGAUGAAAUAACUACAGAGAAGACAUUGGGAGAGCCUGGUGAAACCAUUGUCAUUUCAACAGAUGUUGCCAACGUCUCACUUGGGCCUUUCCCUCUCACUCCUGAUGACACCCUCCUCAAUGAAAUUCUCGAUAAAACACUCAACGACACCAAGAUGCCUACAACAGAAAGAGAAACAGAAUUCGCUGUGUCCGAGGAGCAGAGGGUGGAGCUCAGCGUCUCUCUGGUAAACCAGAGGUUCAAGGCAGAGCUCGCUGACUCCCAGUCCCCAUAUUACCAGGAGCUAGCAGGAAAGUCCCAACUUCAGAUGCAAAAGAUAUUUAAGAAACUUCCAGGAUUCAAAAAAAUCCAUGUGUUAGGAUUUAGACCAAAGAAAGAAAAAGAUGGCUCAAGCUCCACAGAGAUGCAACUUACGGCCAUCUUUAAGAGACAUAGUGCAGAAGCAAAAAGCCCUGAAAGUGACCUCCUGUCUUUUGAUUCCAACAAAAUUGAAAGUGAGGAAGUCUAUCAUGGAACCAUGGAGGAGGACAAGCAGCCAGAAAUCUAUCUCACAGCUACAGACCUCAAAAGGCUGAUCAGCAAAGCACUAGAGGAAGAACAAUCUUUGGAUGUGGGGACAAUUCAGUUCACUGAUGAAAUUGCUGGAUCACUGCUAGCCUUUGGUCCUGACACCCAAUCAGAGCUGCCCACAUCUUUUGCUGAUAUAACAGAGGAUGCUACUUUGAGUCCCGAACUUCCUCUUGUUGAACCCCAGCUUGAGACCAUGGACGGAGCAGAGCAUGGUCUACCUGACACUUCUUGGUCUCCACCUGCUAUGGCCUCUACCUCCCUACCAGAAACUCCACCUUUCUUUACGGCAUCAAGCAUCUUCUCUCUGACUGAUCAAGGCACCACAGACAUAAUGGCCACUGACCAGACAGUGCUAGUACCAGGGCUCACCACCCCCACCAGUGAUUAUUCUGCAAUCAGCCAACUGGCUCUGGGAAUCUCACAUCCACCUGCAUCUUCAGAUGACAGCAGGUCAAGUGCAGGCGGCGAAGAUAUGGUCAGAGACCUAGAUGAAAUGGAUCUGUCUGACACUCCUGCCCCAUCUGAGGUACCAGAACUCAGCGAAUAUGUUUCUGUCCCGGAUCAUUUCUUGGAGGAUACCACUCCUGUCUCAGCUUUACAGUAUAUCACCACUAGUUCUAUGACUAUUGCCCCCAAGGGCCGAGAGCUGGUAGUGUUCUUCAGUCUGCGUGUUGCUAACAUGGCCUUCUCCAACGACCUGUUCAACAAGAGCUCUCUGGAGUACCGAGCUCUGGAGCAACAAUUCACACAGCUGCUGGUUCCAUAUCUACGAUCCAAUCUUACAGGAUUUAAGCAACUUGAAAUACUUAACUUCAGAAACGGGAGUGUGAUUGUGAAUAGCAAAAUGAAGUUUGCUAAGUCAGUGCCGUAUAACCUCACCAAGGCCGUGCAUGGGGUCUUGGAGGAUUUUCGUUCUGCUGCAGCCCAACAACUCCAUCUGGAAAUAGACAGCUACUCUCUCAACAUUGAACCAGCUGAUCAAGCAGAUCCCUGCAAGUUCCUGGCCUGCGGCGAAUUUGCCCAGUGUGUAAAGAACAAAUGGACUGAGGAAGCGGAGUGUCGCUGCAAACCAGGAUAUGACAGCCAGGGGGGCCUGGACGGUCUGGAACCAGGCCCAUGUGGCCCUGGCAGAAAGGAAUGCGAGGUCCUCCAGGGAAAGGGAGCUCCAUGCAGGUUGCCAGAUCACUCUGAAAAUCAAGCAUACAAAACUAGAGUUAAAAAGUUCCAAAAUCAACAAAAUAACAAGGUAAUCAGUAAAAGAAAUUCUGAAUUACUGACCGUAGAAUAUGAAGAAUUUAACCAUCAAGACUGGGAAGAAAAUUAAAAACUGAAAAUGUACAAUUAUCAUUUAGGCUAUCUCAAGAGAGACGAUUUGCUUUCUCAAGGAAAAUGGAGGCAGGCAUAUUCAUGGGUCAUCAAAAUCCAGACAUACAGUCAACACUGAGAAUCAGCACACACCAUAUUUCAAAUACAGAAGAGUCACAUACUUGGCAACCAGUAAAUUCUGAAGAAAAAGACACUUAUUAUUAAAACCCCAAAUGCAAUCAGUGAAACAUAUUUUCACUAUUCUUGGAUGAUAGUCAAAAUGAUCGUAAGCCAGGUUUGCUUCCACCUUCCCUGAAAAUUUUACUCACAGAUCAUUUGCAACAAACACAGCUUACUUAUUGUUUAGGGACUGAACAAUUUAUUGGGAAGCAAACUCUUUAUAUGCUAGAAUGUACAUUUAAAAGAUGACUACUUAUGCAGGGAGAUGCAGGUCUCUCUAAAUGCAUGAAUGUAUGUAGUGUGUAGGCACUGUAGUGAGUGUAUAUAUGCUCCACACUACAAUGUCUGAUAAACGCAAACCUCAGUAUUCAGUUAUUAGGCACACUAGUUUUAUAUGCAACUACUGCUUACAUAGUAGACUGUUUGGUUGCCAAUAAUCUUUGAAUUGUUCUUUAAAAGAAACUGAGGUUCAGCUACACAUACAAUGGAAAAUCUUACUUUUCUUGUUACUACACAAAGCUAUUUUAAAGAAGAUGCUAUGUUGGGAGAAGGGUGAAGUUGUGCUAUAUGACAUAAUCAAUUCCUGCCUUCCACCACAGAUGAACAGUGUCUUCCUAUAAUAACUUCAGAAUACUUCCUCGCACCAACUUUAGUGUGUGUAUACCUAGACUGGCAUCAAUGUAAUCCAAUUCAGUCCAUUUUUUAUGUGCUGCUUAAUGAAAAUGAAUCUGUCUCUAUCUCUUUCAAAUGUUCUAAUAUCAGAUAUAUUUGCUACAAAACCUUAAUUUCAAUAAAGUAAAAGUGCUAUACUCA